UAGUGUACUCGCCGCGCGCGUUGGCCAGAGCCCGCUUAUUUUUGAAUUUUUGAAUAGUUCCAUUUGACAUUUAAUAAUUCCAAAAUGAGCCGAAGAAAGGAUCAAAGGGAUGAUGGACAAAUCAUUAUGCUGAGGCGCGCAUUCAGCAUGUUCGACUCGGAGAAGCAAGGCCGCAUAGAGAAGGAGAAAGUGCGGACAAUACUCAACACUAUGGUGCACAACUAUGAUGACCUUGAACUUGACAGAAUGUUGGACAGCGAAGAUGCUGAAGCAUGUGGGAAGCUGAAUUUCGAUUCGUUCGUUCGAGUCGCCAUCCACUUUUUAGAAGAAGACGAUGAAAAACUACAAAAGGAACUGAAGGAAGCCUUCAGACUAUAUGAUAAAGAAGGUAAUGGCUACAUCCCGACUUCAAGUCUCCGAGAGAUCCUGGCAGCUCUUGACGAACAACUGACCCCCGACCAGCUCAACGAAAUGAUUGCUGAGAUUGACACUGACGCUUCUGGUACCGUGGACUUUGAUGAAUUCAUGGCGAUGAUGACAGGCGAUUAAAUAGACACUGGCUUAGAAGCUGAAUUAUAUUAUGUUAAUAAAAUUAUGCUUUAGUUUU